AAGUCACUGAUCCUCAUGUUAAACAGGCAUAUAUCAGAAGCGACAACGCCGGAUGUUAUCAUUCAGCCGAAACAAUAUUAUCUAUUCCUCAAAUAUCCAAAAACACCGGUAUUACAAUUACUCGGAUGGAUUUUUCCGAUCCUCAAGGCGGUAAAGCCGCUUGCGAUCGUUUUGCUGCCGUGAUUAAAUAUCAUAUUCGACGAUAUUUAAGAGCCAUUGCACGUAAGCCACGACCUAUUACAGCGGAGUGGCCUUCAAUCGAUGUUCUCGAAACUUUUCCAAAGUAG